AUGCAAUUCAGACUGUCUAUCGUUCUAUUUGGUACAGUAUUCUUAAUCAAAAACGCCGUCGACAGUUCUACUCAUGAAGAACAAUUGUUUAAAGAACUAUUUCAAAAUUAUAAUCCAUUGAUACGUCCUGUGCGAAAAUUAGAAGAAACAAUAACUGUUUCGUUUAGUAUUGCUCUAUUACAAUUAAUAAGUGUAGUUGAAAAAGAGCAAGUACUUAAAACAAAUGUUUGGCUACAAGUCAAGUGGCACGAUUAUCAAAUGCAAUGGAAACGAGAAAAAUAUGGUGGCAUUCAAUCCAUACGUGUACCGCCGAGUCAAGUGUGGACUCCCGAUAUUGUUUUAUUUAAUAAUGCCGAUGGGAAAUAUGAAGCAUCAUUUAAAUCACAUGUCGUUGUGUAUCAUAAUGGUGAUAUGAAUUGGGUUCCACCAGCCAUUUAUAAGUCAAGCUGUUACAUUGAUGUGAAAUUUUUUCCUUUUGAUCAGCAAGUCUGUGAAUUGCGUUUUGGCUCUUGGACAUAUAAUCAACAUCAAGUAAAUUUUACCUAUUAUGAUGAGAUCGAACGAAAUGUUACAAUAAAAGAUUAUGUUGUUAGCGGCUCAUGGGAUCUUAUGGAUGGUCCCAUGACUAUUCAACAUCCGUCCGAUGAAGCAAAUCAAUUAUUUGAAAAAAGCUAUCGGCAUGAUCGUGUUGAAUUUGUAUGUAAACUUAUUAUAAGACGUAAAACACUUUUUUAUACAGUUAAUUUAAUUAUCCCAACGAUGCUCAUUUCAUUUUUAUCAAUUUUUGUUUUUUAUCUACCAACUGAUGCAGGUGAAAAAAUGACAUUAUCUAUAUCAAUUCUAUUAGCAUUAGUCGUUUUUCUAUUACUUAUAUCGAAAAUUUUGCCUCCUACUUCUACUGUUAUACCAUUAAUAGCUAAAUAUCUCUUAUUUACAUUUAUUAUGAAUAUUUUAACAAUAUUUUGUACAGUUUUAAUUAUUAAUUAUAACUAUCGAACACCACGUACUAAUAAAAUGCCUUAUUGGAUGAGACGUCUUUUUAUUGAUAUAUUACCACGAAUACUUCGCAUGCAAAGACCAAACAAAUAUGAACGAGACAAUGAAGACGAGACUAUGGGACCAACAAUAUUGCAUUCUUCACGUGCACCACAUGUUGUUACAGUUGCAACAUCACUUUCGAAUAGUCAACCAUCAUUAACAACAAUAGACAAUGAGGAAACUGAUCAAAUGGAUUUUCUAUUAACAAAAGAAGUCUAUGAAGCCGUUGAAGAUCUAAGUUUUAUUGCAAAUCAAAUGAGAUCAGCUACUCAUUAUGAAGAAAUUCGCGAUGAUUGGAAAUACAUUGCUACUGUGAUCGAUCGAUUACAAUUAUACAUAUUUUUUGCUGUUACAACUUUUGGUACAUUAUCAAUAUUAUUCAAUGCACCGCAUAUUUUAGAUGUAGUCGAUCAAAAUGCUAUACUGAAAAAUUGGGAUCCUACAUUUGGUACUACUAAUUAA